AGUGCAGUUUGACUUUUCAAAGAUUGUUUACAAGCAAAUUGCAGAGUGCAUAAUCGUUGAAAAGGCCUAAUAAUCUCGGGGUUGUUUGUCGUGGACUUACCGAGAUUAAUGAAAAAUGACCUUAUUAAGACUUUGUAAUGUAUUACGGAACGUGAGAUGGUAGCUCGAACUAAUUUUCUAUGACCCACUUGUUGCGUUUAGGUUAUGGUGUUAUAAACAAAAAUAUGUUGGGCAUAAAUGUUUGGUUUUCAUGAUCAGUUCUUGUAUGCCAGACGGUAGGGAUGGAGGGCCCAGGUCUGAGCUUGUUUCAAGGCUCGGAAAGUAUACGAUUAAAUGCAAGUACGCAAGGCUUAGAAGAGGAUGAAGAACAAGAAGACAUCAAGCGACGUAACAUGGAGAUCAAAGACCUCCUGACAAAUGCAUUCGAUGACUUAGAGGAGGAGGACGACAUUAGUUCUGUGAAUAGCAGUCAUUAUCGAGAUAGUACUAAGGAAGCAGAGGAUUCGAAUGUAGAAAUAAAUUCUUGUGCCCAAGGUGUCGUAUCACCUAAUAGCCAAACGGUGUCACAGUUACAAAAAGAAUUUGGGAUUUAUGAUCAUGUUGAAAAUUCAAACAACUAUGACAAUGCUAUGACAAAUCAUAGGUCAGAGUUAGAAAUUGGCCCUUCAAUCUCUGACGUACAAAGAGAUUUUAGCGCGUACGAUCAAACCGAUAUACCAUAUUCUAAAAGUAAUAGGAGUAAUGAUCUGCAUAAUGCUGCUACCGAAACACCUUACGAAUUGGCGAGACCGCUGAAUUCUGGAUUUCCUAAAAAUUUAAGACCUCAAAUUGACGAAGAAUAUACUUUUAAUGAAAAUUAUCCAUAUAAUUAUCAAACACCAGCUAAUCAUUAUGUUGCUCAAAAUAAAACUUAUUCGAAUAAUGGUUAUAUCGAUGGUUACGAAAAUAGUGUACAAUCUAAACAAAUUCAUGACUUCGGAGGCGGUGAUAAUGUUACUUCCGAUCACAUAAAUCAUUGCUACAAAGCAAGUCCAAACGGUAGGCCACUGGAUGACUGUGUAGCUUAUAAAACUGCCGAGUACGAUAGUAAAGAGCAGUUAGAAGUUUUAUAUACAGUUCGAAUGAGAGAAAUUAAAAAAUUAACAGAAGAAAUGCAACAAUUACAAUUGGAGAGAGAAGAAGAAAAAAGUCAGCUCAGUAGAAAAAUUACACUUUUACAAGCGGAAAUAGAAAGAUCAAGCAUGUCGAGGAAUCAAACGCAGCAUGCUCUAGUUGAUGCAAAAGCUGAAAUUGCCGAUCUCCACAAUCAAAUAACAUCGUUAAAAGAGAAGAAUGCAGUUUUAGAAAAAACUAAUCAAAACACAACAGAGGAACUAAAUAUUGCAAAAGAUUCUGUUGCAGAAUUGCAACAGAAAAUAGCUGUAUUAGAAAGAGUACAAGCAUUGCAAACGAAUGACAAAACACACGAAAAAUUUUUAAAGCAGGCACAAGAGAAACAUGCAGUUGAAAUAAAAAAUAUGCAGACACAAAUAAAUGUUCUCACGGACAAACUUAAUACAAAGGAAACAUCGUAUGUUGCUUUGGAAAAUAAGUUAGCUGAUGUACGAAGAGCACAUGAGAUGCUUAUGGUGGAGAAAGGGGAUACUAUGAAUCGUCUAGCACAAGCAUUAGAAGAAAGCCAAGCACAAUGCCAUAAUCUCAUGGCUACAAAUAAUGCUCAACAUUUAAUGCAACUUCAAACACAAAUUAAGAUUCUAACCCAAGAAAAAGAGGAAAUGCAAAAAGUGAUUCAAGAAUUACAGAACAAAUUAGAGGUAGCAAAAAGUGACGUAGCACAAUACGAUUCGUUAUUAACGACAACUUUAGAAGAAGAAUCCGAUUCUAUGAGACAAAUGAAGUUAGGUGAACUUCACAAUAGAUCGAAAUCAAAGCCAUCCGAUGAUAUGGCAAAUAAAUUAAGGGGGGAAUUACAAAGGUGUUUAGCUGGACACGCUGUUAAGAGAAAGGAAAUAACUCGAUUAGAGAACACUUUAUCGCAAAAAGAAAAAGAAGUUGACAAAGCUUUAACAGUAGCUGAUAUGUGCAGGCAAGAAGCGGCUCGAUACGCUAAACGUGUUAACGAGUUGGAGCAAGAACUUAAGUCUGUACUUACAGAUCAAGCUGUAAAAGCGAAUGCUCAAAUACAAAAGUUAUCUAAUCAUUUAAGCGAUGUAAAGAAACAAUACGAAUCACUAAGAGAAGAAAAAGUCGGAUUGGAGCAAAAGUUAGAAGAAACGUUAGCGAUUAAUCAAGAAACGCUUAAGAAGUUACACCAAGAAAGUGUAAAUCAGCAAGAAAAAGACGCCAUUGACGAGUACAAUAAAGAGUAUUUAGAGAUACAUGCUAAGGCUGUAGAAAGAGUUAGACAAGAGGCACAAAUUGAAGUAGUGCAAUUAUCCGUGCAAUUGGAACAAACGCAGAAAGAGUUGGAUCGCGUUAAAGAAUUGUAUAUAGACGUCUGUAGUACAAAGGAACAGUUAAUAAGUGAACACAAGUCUGAAAUCAAAAUGUUAAAAGAAAAAUAUGCUAAUCUAGAAGAACGGGAAAAUGAUAUUGAGAAAUACAAACAUGACUUGCGGGCCCAAGUAAAAAUAGCAGAAAAAUUGACAAAGGAAUGUGACAUGUAUAGAGCUAAAAUAAUUGAAUUAGAAAAAAAUUUAAGCCAUGAAAGAAAGAAAAAAGAAGAAUACACAAAGAAAAUUCAUCAAGAAAUCGAAAGAGCUAAAGAGGAAGCAUUAAAAGAAUUACGCAAUGCUUAUCCUAAUCAAGAAAUAAGUGUUCUCUUGCCAGAUCAUUGUUCCGAACAUUUAGAGAAAAUUAAUCAGCUAGAAGAAGAUUGUAAGCGGUUAGAGGAAAAAUUGCAUGCUGCAGUUGACGUACAUAAAAGAAUGUCGGAAUAUCAAUCUGAAUUAGAUGAUUCCAGAUUGAAAAUAGCACAAAUAGAAAUUUCUCAAGAGUCGUGGAAAAAGAAAUACGAAAACGCAGUAAGCGAAAGAAAUGAUCUACUUAGUAAAAUUUCUCAGCUCGAGUCAACUUUAUCGAGUAGUAAGAGAAAUUCUAAAAUGGACGAUUCCGAUGAUGUCAAACUGAAAGUAACUCGAUAUCAAGUGGAAAACGAAGCUUUAAAAAAAGAAUGCGAAGAUUUGUCUAGCGAAAGAAAUAUUUAUAAGGAUAAAAUUUCCCAAUUAGAAGCAGAAUUAUCGGAAGCCAAGAAGAUAAUUGGAAAUUUUGAGAGUAGGUUCAGAAAAAGUAGCGAAGUCUCUUUAACUUCGAAAUGUGAAUUGGAAAAAGAACUCUCUCAUUACAAAGAUUUGGUAACGCAAUUAAGUAGCAAAAUAAGUAUUUUAAAAGCCGGAAGAAAGGGUGAUCUAGUUAUGGAGCAAAGAACUAGACAAUUAGAACAAGAUUUACAAGGGAAAAACGAAAAGCUGGAAAGAUUAAAAGAUUUCGAGAAAAUAAAAGAAGAAAGGGAUCAACUUGUCCAAAAAUUAAAAUAUCAAGCGAAGCAGUUUGAACAGUAUGUUAAAAAUCAAAAACAGGUGUCCGCUGAAUUAAAUUUAUCGCCACGCAGUUGUGGCGACGGUACUGAUUUUCAAAAAAUAAAAGAAAUCAUGAUAAAGGAAGUUCGCGAAGAGAUGGAGCAAAAAGUAGUUGAAGAGCUUAGAGGUAUUGAAGAACAUCAUCGAGAGAAGAGAAAGGAAUUAGAAGAAAAAUAUAAAAUAGUUUUAUUAGAACUACAAACCAAAUGUAAUGAAAAGGCACAGGAGGUGGAAACUUUGAAAGAAGCUAUGAUCUCGGAAAAGGUAAAAAUUCAUUCAUCUUUCAAAGCAAAGGAGCAAUUUGUUUGUCAAAUGAUUGAAUCAAAAUUUGAAACUUACUACAAAGAAUUGGUAGCUCGAAAGUUGAAAAUCGAAAAGUUACAGGAAGAAUUAAAUCAAAAAGAAAACGAUGUUGAGGAGGAAAGAAAUCUAAUGGCUCAAGUAAUGACUAAAUGGGCUGCAGAGAUUAGGGAAAUAAAAGAUAAAGAAGUUGAGAUGAAUGAUAAGUUACGAGAAUUAAAGGAGAGUGAAUCACAUUUGAAAGCAGAAAUAGAUACACUGAAAGACAAGGAGAAAGAAAUGAAAACUAAUAUUGAUACGUUAAAACAUAAGUAUCAGUCAGCAAAGAAAACGGCAAAUAAUUACAAGGAGCAUGCGGAAAAUAAGGAGAAGUUCUUAUUAAGUGAAUGUAAACGUAUAGAAGAAGGGUAUAAAAGAGCCAUGAAUCAAGUACAACAAAAACUUGAAGCAAUUGUUAGUACUCAAGAAGAACAAGUAGCGACUAAGCUUAAAGAGCUUGAAUGUCAGUAUACCGAAAGAAUGGAACAAAUGCGACUUACACUGAAGUACAAAAAUAAAUGUUGAAGUAUGUAUUAAUAUUUUAGUAUGCAAUAUAGCUUUCGUAGUUUAAAAGCAAAACGUAGUUAGAAGAGGCUAGAUAUUUUUUAAUUUAAAGCACUUUAUUGUACAACACUGUAGUAGAAGAUUUUUAUUUUAGGGACCAAUAAGUUAAAAUUGAUAUAUGUACAUUGAUAGAAUUAUUAAUAUUUGUUUGCUGUACAACAGUAAAUAAUACAGCAAACAUUAAUGUAAUUUUAAAGGCAAAUACGAAAGUACAAUUUCCCGGUUAAUUAAUAUAGAGUAAUAGUUAAAUAUUAAAAUCUAUAUGUUAGUUGAAAAAAAACUGAAAUUGUAAAAAGAGAAAAGAAUUAUACAUUAAUCAUUUCAUAACUUUAUAAAUUAUCUAGAUUUAAAUCAUAAACGAAUACUCCCGAAUAAGUAAGAUAGAAACUUUUAGUCGCGUGUUUUCAAUAAACAUUAUGACAUAAUAUUAUAAUGCAAGACUGGAUCAUUACUAGAUCUUUUUUUCUUACGAAGUGGGUAGAGUUCUCAUAGAGUUUAAGAAAGAUUAAGUUGUAGUAGCAAAAUAAACAUACUUUUCUUGUGACUAAGGAUGUCAAAGUAUACCCUUGAGUAUUAAGAAACUGUUCGAAAAGUGUGUACUGACAUUUGAUUAAUAUAUGGAAAUUGGAAAAGUUUCUGUCGGUCUAGUAUUCAGAAAUUCGAGCUUGACAAAUCUUUUGUUAAUUUUAUCUCAUUUUUGAACACAUAUAUAUGAAAUGUUUUGUACAAACUAAUACAUAUAAAUAUCUUGUAAAUGAAGUAAGAAGCCAUAAUUUUUUUUAAUCUUAUAAUUUAUUUUAUAAGAUUAUUCAUGCGUGUAAUAUACUCAUAAGUAAUUAUCAAACUACAGACUGCUGCGAUUACUUUUAUUUCAUGAAACUUUUUAUAGUAAUUUUAAGGCUAGUUCUUAUUAAGCAUUCUUUUACUCUCAAAAAUAUUCUCGAAACAAGUGUUAUGAUUUAAAAUAUAUAUUUUGGAAAUUUAUCUUAUCCCGUUUAAAACUCAUGACAUUUAGACAUUAUCUAUUGUACAUUAUAUACUAUUAAUUUUACCGGUGUCAUCAUCGUUAUGUUUUGAUAAUAAUGAUCUUUGAUAAUAGUAUAAUUAUUAAAUCAUCACUAAAUAGAGAGUAUUAUUAAUAUUAGUUAUGUAUUUUUGUAUGUAGAGUGAAUUAAUUUAUUUUUUGUAAUAAAGAAUUUAUGUCAGUGUC